GCCGUCUCGCCGCCGCGGAGGGCGCCCCCGGAUCCCCGCAGGGAGGCUCCGGCGCUCCCGGAAGCCGCCGGAAAGCGCGAGCGGCGGGGCUAGGCCGGGCCGGCUAUGCCUCCCGUGGCCGCGGCUCCCGCCGGCGACCGCGCGCCCGCGGCCUCGGGGGUGCAGCCGGGCCCCGCGGAGGCCGCGCUGUGAGGCGCCAGGGCGUGGUGGCCGCCGCGGCCGCGCCGGAGGGGCCCGGGGCCGGCGCCCGCCCCGCUCGCGCUCUGCGGCCCCGCCUAGGCUCGCCGCCUCAGCCGCCGGCCGCCAUGGUCUUCGCCGCCCGGGAGGGCGCGGGCUCGGCGCGGCACCGGGCGCUGCGCGGGCUGCUGCUGCUCUGCCUGUGGCUGCCGAGCGGCCGCGCGGCCGCACCGCCCUCCGCGCCGCUGUCCGAGCUGCACGCGCAGCUCUCGGGGGUGGAGCAGCUGCUGGAGGAGUUCCGCCGGCAGCUGCAGCGGGAGCGGCCGCAGGAGGAGCUGGAGCUGGAGCUGCGCGCGGGCGGCGGCCCCCAGGAGGGCUGCCCGGGCCCCGGCGGCGGCGGCGGCGGCGGCGGCGGCGGCGGCGGCUACAGCGCCAUGCCGGACGCCAUCAUCCGCACCAAGGACUCGCUCGCGGCGGGCGCCAGCUUCCUGACGGCGCCGGCGGCCGUGCGGGACUGGCGGCAGUGCCUGGCCGCCUGCUGCUCCGAGCCGCGCUGCUCCGUGGCGGUGGUGGAGCUGCCCCGGCGGCCCGCGCCCCCCGCCGCCGCGCUCGGCUGCUACCUCUUCAACUGCACCGCCCGCGGCCGCAGCGUCUGCAAGUUCGCUCCGCACCGCGGCUACAGCAGCUACAGCCUCAGCCGCGCCCCGGCGGGCGGGCCGCGAGACCUGGAAGCCUCGCCUCCAGUGGAAAAGGAUGAGCCCCCGCUUAGCAAGGCUGGGCAGGAUGUGGUCUUGCAUCUACCUACAGACGGAGUGGUUUUAGAUGGCCGUGAGAGUACAGAUGACCACGCCAUUGUCCAGUAUGAGUGGACACUGCUGCAGGGUGACCCAUCAGUGGACAUGAAGGUACCUCAGUCAGGAACCCUGAAGCUGUCCCACUUACAGGAAGGAACAUACACCUUUCAGCUCACUGUAAUGGACACUGCUGGGCAGAGAAGCUCCGACAACGUCUCAGUGACGGUGCUUCCCAUGACGUUCUCCACAGGAGGAUGCUUGAGUGUUUGCUCCCGCUACCACUUCUUUUGUGACGAUGGCUGUUGCAUUGACAUUACACUGGCUUGCGAUGGAGUGCGGCAGUGUCCUGAUGGGUCUGAUGAAGCUUUCUGUCAAAACUUGAGCCUUGACCAGAAGACGGUGACCCACACAGCAACUCUCCAGCCUAGAACCACAGGACCAAGCAAAGAUGCAGCAGGAGGUUUCUUCUUGGAAAAGUCUCAGAAAGUCACUGUUCAAAACCAGCCACCAGCUGGUUUAUCAAACGCAGAGAAGAGGAAUCAUUCCAUGUUUUGGGGACCAGAGAGUCAAACUGAUCCUAUGAUGCCAGAUCGUGGCUCCUCGAGGAAGAACAGAAAAGAGGAAAAUUAUAUUUUUGAGUCCAAGAGCGAUCGAGGAGGAGGGGAACACCCAGCCCCAGAAACAGGUGCAGUGCUACCCCUGGCCCUGGGUUUGGCCAUCACGGCUCUGCUGCUUCUCAUGGUUGCUUGCCGACUACGCCUGGUGAAACAGAAACUUAAAAAAGCUCGUCCCAUCACAUCUGAGGAAUCCGACUACCUCAUAAAUGGGAUGUAUCUGUAAUAAGUCUCAUUUAAAUAGCUGGGGGUGAGGAUGUUUUACUUAUAAUUUAUACAUAUAUUGGUUUGGAUAUUUAUAACCUCUUUGAUUUGAACUGGGCUAAGAAAAAUCCUGAAACCCCAGAAAAUUCUGCAAGCCCCUAAACCUUUGUUUUUAUUUAUUAUAGAAAGAUUUUAUUUGGGGAGUAUAUGAAAUGUUUUGAAAUUUGGAGAGGAAUCCAUGUGAGUAAAGACUCUAAUUCUGACUUAUGUGAGCUGUCCUUGAAAAUAGCAAUUUGCAGUUAGCCAAGGCAGAAAAUUCAGAAUCUCAAGGAAAGGCCUUCGGAUGGCAAUGUUAACCCUUUACUUUUCAGAAGCCAGCCAUUGGCCUCUGGCAACCCUGGGCCACUUUACACACAGCUUCCUUUUUCUGAGGCCUUCUUAUUCCUCAUAUUAAGCUUCAAGUGCUUUUCUCCCCUUCAAAGCCUGUUUCUGAGAAUGGAUCUCAAGUGAAUUUAUACCUUCAGUGAAAUGCUCCCUAUGGCAGGAAUAUCUAACUGUAACCCCUGUGAACACGUCAAGGAGGCAUCAGGGUGGGUGAGUGUGAGCUUAUCCCAGUGCUUCUGACAUCAUGUCGUUUGGGUGGCUGCCCCCUUAGACCUGACUUUGGGAGAAAACACUCACUUUGGAUUACAAAUAGCUGUAACGUUGUCCUGGAGGGAGAUAGGAAAUGAUGGUGGCAGCAGAAGUGGCAGGUCAAACAUUUUAACACAAACUUAGCUGAGGGCAAAGUACUUUCUUCAAUCUACUCAACACUGCUUGAUGGUCCAGAACACAGCAGCUUUAUUUAUAUAGUCACUGGUCUUCAGCAUUAGUCUGUGUUGAUGGAAGAGAAAGAUGCAUUCAAAUUGAAAAGCAGAGCACUGAGUGGAUUUCUAGGUGCAGCAUUUGUAAAAAUGUCACAUGUUUAAGGAUCACCAGCUUCUUUCAUCCAAUGGAAUAGGCCAGUUUUCUCCAUUAUUUGUUUAAUGCUAUAAAAUGUUAUAAUGUACAAUCAGCUAAUGCCAGGCUUAUAUAUUCCCAGAGCAUAAACCAGUCUUGCACAAAUUCACCCUUACAGAAAACUGGCAUCAAGCUUAGUAUCUUUUCCCUUUUAAUCAAUUUGUAGGAUUUUAAAGGCAAAUUAUUCCCAGCAUCACUUAAUGCCGGGAUUAAACACAUCCUAGUAAUCAUUCUCCCGAGAGCAAUCUAGAGUGUGCCUGUCUACACUGACAUAUUACUAAUAUAGUAUGGCUUUUUAUCCAAAGUGGCAAAUCUUUUAAAAUACUUGAAAACACUGUAGAACACUUUAUAUUCAGACUGAAUGUGAGUAAGUUGUUCCUUUUAGCAAAGGGCUUAAUUUGGGUCAGAAAUAUAACAGAAUACAUGAAUAAACAAAGUUAGUUCUAGAAAAACAAAGAAAUUGGUUACUUUUAUUUCCUGAGGGGUCCAAGCAUUUUGUUGAAUGAUUAGAAUUGAGCAAAGACUUAAAGUUCUCCUCAAGGGCAAAUUAGAAAAAUGACUGUGUGAAUGAACUUAGGAUAUCUGUACUCUCUGUGUGACGCUGUGCAGUUUGCUUUUCUAGAGAAGGGUGUCACCUAUAGCCAUACCCAAUAAAAUAAAAACUGAUGAGGCAUGCAUCUUUCGGCACAUCUUUUUAUACAUGAAGAAAUUAAACACGGUUUAGUAUUGCUAUGGUGUUGAGAUACUUGAGAAAAGAUGUCCAUAUCCAAGUGUACAAAAUCCCUUUAAUAAAUUGUAUUUUCUUCUUA